CACUCACACACGCACCCCUAACCACCACCACCACGUCCACUUUUUUCUUUCUUCUCCCUGUUGAACGGGAAUACAGGGAGCGGGAGUGAGUGAGGUACGGACGGCCCUUCGGAUGCUCGGCCGAGGGGGGGAGAAGAAGAAGCUGCUGCUGCUGCCGCUGCGGAUAUCCGUCUCAUACCUGCCUCCUCAAAACGAGCUUCUUUCAUCGCCUAUUUUUUCUUUUACCGCUGACCGUUUUGUGAGAAAGCUAGAUAUAAAAAAAAAAAGAGCCGGGUUUGGUUUCGUAACGCGCUGCACCGGUAGCAGCAGCGCGGAAGGAAAGAUCUUUUUCAAGGAUGCGGAUUUAACAGAAAGACGUUAUCGGUGUCACCUGGGAUUUUUAACCGUUAAAAUUCGAAUUAGCUCAGUCGUACCCGUCGGUAGCAAAGGAAGAUUUUUUUCAUGCCUGCUGAAAUAUCACAUAUAGUGACGCGGUAGAAAUCAUAUCGAUAGCGUUUUCACCAGAAGACAAGAUAAGGGGUUGAAUGUGUUUUCCUCCAGCCUGGACACCAUGAGCACCAUCUCGCCAACGGACUUUGACAGCUUGGAGAUCCAGCAGCAGUAUAAUGACAUCAACAACCGCUGGGAUCUGGCAGCAGAAACUGACUGGGAUAAUGAGAACAGUUCAGCACGCCUCUUUGAGCGCUCACGAAUCAAGGCUCUCGCAGAUGAGCGUGAAGCAGUACAGAAGAAGACCUUUACAAAAUGGGUGAACUCUCACUUAGGUCGAGUGACUUGUCGCAUUGGUGACUUGUACACUGACCUGCGCGAUGGUCGCAUGCUAAUCCGCCUUCUGGAAGUGCUCUCAGGAGAACAGCUGCCAAAGCCCACUAAGGGCCGCAUGCGUAUCCACUGCCUGGAAAAUGUUGAUAAAGCCCUGCAGUUUCUCAAAGAGCAAAAAGUACAUCUAGAAAACAUGGGCUCACAUGACAUUGUGGACGGGAAUCACCGUCUCACCUUGGGUCUCAUCUGGACCAUCAUCCUUCGUUUCCAGAUCCAGGACAUCAGUGUGGAGACAGAAGACAACAAGGAGAAAAAAUCAGCUAAAGAUGCUUUGCUGCUUUGGUGCCAAAUGAAAACUGCUGGAUACCCCAAUGUCAACAUUCACAACUUCACUACCAGCUGGCGAGAUGGUCUGGCGUUCAAUGCCAUUGUGCACAAACACAGACCUGACCUGAUUGAGUUUGACAACCUAAAGAGGUCAAAUGCUCACUACAAUCUCCAGAAUGCUUUCAAUGUGGCUGAGAAGGAACUGGGGCUUACCAAGUUGCUGGACCCAGAGGAUGUUAAUGUUGAUCAACCUGAUGAAAAAUCCAUCAUUACCUAUGUCGCGACCUACUACCAUUACUUCUCCAAGAUGAAAGCCCUGGCAGUGGAGGGCAAAAGAAUUGGCAAGGUGCUGGACUAUGCUAUUGAGGCUGACCAACUGAUAGAGAAGUAUGAGACCCUGGCCUCAGAGCUACUGCAGUGGAUUGAGCAGACCAUAGUGACGCUUAAUGAUAGGCAGUUGGCUAACUCACUGAGUGCUGUGCAGAACCAGCUCCAGGCUUUCAACUCAUACCGGACUGUGGAGAAACCCCCCAAAUUUACAGAGAAAGGAAACUUGGAAGUUCUCCUCUUUACUAUCCAGAGUAAGAUGCGAGCAAACAACCAGAAAGUCUACAUGCCAAGAGAGGGCAAACUCAUCUCUGACAUCAAUAAGGCAUGGGAGCGACUUGAAAAGGCAGAGCAUGAACGUGAGCUGGCACUGAGAAACGAGUUGAUUCGCCAGGAGAAGCUGGAGAUGCUCGCUGCUCGUUUUGACCGCAAAGCUGCUAUGCGGGAGACAUGGCUGAGUGAGAACCAGAGGCUUGUGUCUCAGGACAACUUUGGAACUGACUUGGGAGCAGUGGAAGCUGCCACCCGUAAACACGAAGCAAUUGAGACAGACAUCGGGGCAUACUGGGAACGUGUGGCUGCUGUGGAGGCUGUUGCCAAAGAGCUUGAAGCAGAGUCAUACCAUGAUGUACGACGUGUAAUUGCACGAAGGGACAAUGUGCUUCGACUCUGGGAAUAUCUGAAAGAACUUCUGGUUGCACGCAGGGAGCGGCUGAAUGCCCAUCGCGACCUACAGAGACUGUUUCAGGAGAUGCGUUACAUCAUGGACUGGAUGGCAGAAAUGAAGGGUCGUCUGCAGUCUCAGGAUAGCGGCAAACAUUUGCAUGAUGUGUUAGACCUACUUCAGAAACACACUCUGGUAGAGGCUGACAUUUCAGCUCAGGCAGAGAGGAUCAAGGGAGUGCAGGGAGCCGCAAAGCGCUUCACUUCCUAUGAACAGGCCUACAAACCAUGUGAGCCAGGGCUAGUUAGUGAGAAGGUUGACCUGCUGGGUCAAGCCUAUGAGGAGCUUGGUCAGCUUGCUGGGAAACGCAGAGAGAGUCUCGAGGAUUCUCGACGUCUGUGGCAGUUCCUGUGGGAUGUCGGAGAGGAGGCAGCCUGGAUCAGAGAACAGGAGCAGAUCCUGGCCAGUGGAGACUGUGGGCGUGACCUCACUUCCGCUCUUCACCUGCUUAGUAAACAUGAGGCUUUCAGGGAUGAGAUGGCAGCCCGCUAUGGCCCCCUGAGUAACAGCAUUGCUGCUGGGGAAGCUUUGAUUAACGAGGGACACUUUGGAGCCCCAGAGGUCACAGAGAGGAUUCAAGACAUCCGUGCACAAUGGACACAUCUGGAGGAGACAACUAAACUGAGAGAGCAGAGUCUUAAGGAAGCUGUGGCUCUGCAUCAGUUCCAAACAGAUGCCAAUGACAUGGAGGCCUGGAUCAUGGAGACACUUAGGCAGGUGUCAAGUCAGGAGGUGGGCCACGAUGAGUUCUCCACCCAAACUCUAGCUCGCAAGCAGAGGGAAAUAGAGGAGGAGAUCCAGAGCCACCGCCCCCUCAUCGAAUCCCUACAUGAGCAGGUCCAAGCACUGCCACAGGCCUAUAUACAAUUCCCUCAGGUGGAUGGACGCCUACCUGCUAUUGAGCAGCGCUAUGAAGAACUGGAGUUUCUGUCAGCAGCUCGGCGGCAGGCUUUGGAAGGUGCCCUUGCCCUCUACCGCAUGUUCAGUGAAGCUGGUGCCUGCCAGCUCUGGGUAGAAGAAAAGGAGCAGUGGUUACAUGGCAUGGAGAUACCUACCAAACUGGAGGACUUAGAGGUGGUGCAGCAGAGAUUUGAGACUCUUGAACCUGAGAUGAACAACCUAGGCACUCGUGUAACUGAUGUGAACCAGGUGGCUGAGCAGUUGCUGAGCUCCGACAACUGUAGCAAAGACCAAAUCCACCACACACGAGACCAACUGAACAACAGAUGGACAGAGUUUGAACAAUUGGCUGGCCAGAAAAAACAAGCCCUAGAGUCUGCUCUUAACAUCCAGAACUACCACCUGGAGUGUAAUGAGAUCCAAACUUGGAUGAAGGAAAAGACCAAGGUGAUAGAAUCUACUCAGAGCCUGGGCAAUGACCUGGCUGGAGUGAUGGCACUGCAACGCAAACUCACUGGCAUGGAGAGGGACCUGGAGGCAAUUCAGGGAAAAUUGGAUGACCUUAGAAAUGAGGCAGAAAAGCUGGCCAAGGAACAUCCAGAUCAGGCAGGAGAGAUCCAGGGACGUCUGGCAGAGAUUCAAGAGGUGUGGGAAGAGUUGAAUGCCACCAUGAAGCGACGUGAGGAGUCAUUGGGCGAAGCCAGCAAGCUGCAGGGCUUCCUUAGGGACCUGGAUGACUUCCAGUCCUGGUUGUCCCGCACUCAGACAGCCGUGGCGUCAGAGGACAUUCCCACUUCUCUGCCUGAGGCUGAGAGUUUGCUAGCCCAGCAUGAGAGUAUCAAGAAUGAGGUUGAUAACUAUAAGGAGGACUAUGAGAAGAUGCGGGCAGUCGGUGAGGAGGUGACCCAAGGUCAGACAGAUGCCCAGCACAUGUUCCUGGCCCAGAGGCUCCAGGCACUGGAUACCGGGUGGCAUGAGUUGCGUCGCAUGUGGGAGAACCGCCACAGUCUUUUGGCCCAAGCCUUUGACUUCCAGACUUUCUUGAGAGAUGCAAAGCAGGCAGAAGCUUUCCUGAACAGCCAGGAGUAUGUGCUGUCCCACACAGAGAUGCCCAGCAGUCUUCAGGGAGCGGAAGAGGCCAUUAAGAAGCAUGAGGAUUUCCUCACUACCACAGAGGCCAGUGAGGAGAAGAUAACUGGUGUGGUGGAGGCUGGACGGCGCCUCAUUAACGAUUGUAAUGCAAACUCUGACAAAAUCCAGGAAAAAGUUGAUUCCAUCCAAGAAAGGCAUGUUAAGAAUAAGAAGGCUGCGAAUGAAUUGCUUACAAAGCUUAAGGACAACCGUGAACUUCAGCACUUCCUCCAAGAUGGCCAGGAGCUCACAUUGUGGAUCAAUGAGAAAAUGCUGACAGCACAAGACAUGUCUUAUGAUGAGGCCAGAAAUCUUCACAGCAAGUGGCAGAAGCACCAGGCCUUCAUGGCAGAGCUGGCCUCUAACAAAGACUGGCUGGACAAAAUUGACAAGGAGGGUCAGGCAUUGGUGGCAGAGAAGCCUGAGCUGAAACCUGUUGUCCAGCAGACCCUGGAGGACUUACAGCGUCAAUGGGAGGAGCUGGAGGGCACCACUCGCACCAAGGCCCAGUGUUUGUUUGAUGCUAACAGGGCAGAGCUCUUUACACAGAGCUGCUCUGCUCUAGAUGUCUGGCUGAAAAACCUUGAGAGUCAGCUGCAUAGUGACGACUAUGGUAAAGAUUUGACCAGUGUCAACAUCCUGCUCAAGAAACAUCAGAUGCUGGAGCAUCAGAUGGAGGUCCGAGAGAAGGAGGUGCAGUCCCUGCAGUCUCAGGCACUGGCGUUGUCCCAGGAGGACGCUGGACUAGCUGAGGUAGAUGGUCAGCAAAGGCGUGUCACUGACAACUUUGAAAAUCUUCAGGAUCCUCUCAAACUGAGGCGGCAGCGACUACUUGCCUCUAAAGAAGCACAUCAGUUCAACAGAGAUCUGGAGGAUGAAAUUCUAUGGGUGAAAGAGAGGAUGCCCCUAGCAACCUCCACAGACCAUGGAAAAGACCUGCCUACCGUUCAGCUUCUAAUCAAAAAGAACCAGACAUUGCAGAAGGAGAUCCAGGGCCACCAGCCUCGCAUUGAUGACAUCCACAGACGAGGAAAGGAUCAGAGUCAGGUAGAUGGUGAGAGACAGUCUGUCCUAGAGGAGCGUCUUGUUGAGCUGAGGGGCCUUUGGGACCAGCUGAUUGCCGAGACAGACAAACGUCAUGCCCGUCUAAUAGAGGCCAAUCGCGCCCAGCAGUUCUAUGCUGAUGCAGCAGAGGCAGAGGCCUGGAUGGGUGAGCAAGAGCUACACAUGAUGUCAGAAGAAAAAGCCAAGGAUGAGCAAAGCGCACUAGUGAUGGUCAAAAAGCACCAGAUCCUGGAACAGGCUCUUGAAGACUACGCCCAAACCAUUCAUCAGCUAGCCAACAGCAGUCGCCUAAUGGUCACCAGUGAACACCCAGAGAGCGAGAGAAUCACCUUACGGCAAGCCCAAGUGGACAAGCUGUAUGCAGGGUUGAAAGACCUUGCUGAGGAGCGUCGUGGGCGGCUUCAGGAGAGACUGCGACUGACCCAGCUGAAGCGGGAGGUGGAUGACCUAGAACAGUGGAUUGCUGAAAGGGAGGUGGUUGCUGGUUCCCAUGAACUAGGACAGGACUAUGAACAUGUCACCAUGCUGAGGGACAAGUUCCGGGAGUUUGCUCGUGACACCAGCACCAUCGGCCAAGAGCGCGUAGAUGGUGUAAAUGGGCUGGCAGAUGACCUGAUUGAGUCAGGUCAUCCUGAGAACGCCAGUGUGGCUGAGUGGAAGGAUGGGUUAAACGAGGCCUGGGCAGAUCUGCUAGAGCUGAUUGACACACGCACGCAAAUGUUGGCAGCCUCCUAUGAAUUGCAUCGCUUCCAUCAGGAUGCCAUGGAGGUGCUUGGACGUGUUAAGGAAAAGAGGGAGGCGCUGCCUUCUGACCUGGGCCGUGAUCUGAACACUGUCCAACAUCUACACAGACAGCACAACACUUUUGAACAUGACAUCCAAGCCCUCAGUGGACAGGUGAACCAGGUUCAGGAUGAUGCAGCACGGCUGCAGAAGGCUUAUGCUGGAGAAAAAGCUGAUGAUAUUCACAGGAGCGAACAUGCUGUGACCUCUGCCUGGGAGGGCCUGCUUGAGGCUGGUCAGGCUCGCAGGCUCCUCCUGCUGGACACUGUGGAGAAAUUCCGCUUCUUUAACAUGGUGCGAGACCUAAUGCUCUGGAUGGACGGUGUUAACCUGCAGAUUGACGCACAUGACAGUCCCAGGGAUGUAUCUUCUGCAGGGCUGGUCAUUGCCAAUCAUCAGGACAUCAAGUCAGAGAUUGAGACCAGGGCAGACAGCUUUACUGCCUGUUUUGAGAUGGGAAAUACUCUCAUCAACAACUGUCACUAUGCAGCUGAUGAGAUACGAGAGAAACUGGCUCAACUUCAGGAAAAGAGAGACAGGAUCAACAAAAAGUGGCAAGACAAGAUGGAUCAUUUACAAAUUGUGCUGGAGGUGUUGCAGUUUGGACGUGAUGCCUAUGUGGCAGAGUCUUGGUUGGCAGGGCAAGAACCUCUGGUGCGAGCAGCAGAGCUGGGCUCAAAUGUGGAUGAAGUAGAGAGCCUAAUUAAGCGCCAUGAGGCCUUUGAGAAACUUGCUGCAGCCUGGGAAGAGCGCUUUUUCCUACUGGAGAAACUCACUACACUUGAGGAGCAGGAGAUCCAGAGGAGGCGAGAGGAAGAGGAGAGGGCACGGCGACCCCCUACACCACCCCCAGCUGAAGAAGUGGCACAAUCUGAGACAGAAAGUCAAGCACAUGACUCUGCAGCCAGAACCAGUCUGGACCAGACCACACUCAAUCAGUCGGUGUCAGUGAAUGGAGUACACAGUGACAAUGAUACAUCUCAGCAGUCAUUAUCGCUAUCGUUGUCAGUGGGAAAGAAAUCAGAGCCUAAACGUGUGUCUAGGCCAAAGCAGCUGGAGCGUGGCUCUGAGUCUGAGUCGGUGAACGGUCCAGGUAGGGACAGUGGGCUGGCAUCUUCUCGCCUUGAGCCGUCUGCCACGUUACCAAGCAGGGGUGGAGCAGAGUCUGAGCCAGAAACCAUGGAGGGGAUGCUCUGUCGAAAACAAGAGAUGGAGUCCCACAGCAAAAAGGCAGCUAGCAGGUCCUGGCAGAAUGUGUACUGUGUCCUAAGAAAAGGAAGUCUUGGUUUUUAUAAAGAUGGCAAGAGCGCAAGCAAUGGCAUUCCAUACCAUGGAGAGGUACCCAUAAGCCUCGGAGAGGCUGUGUGUGAGGUAGCCCACGACUAUAAGAAGAGGAAACAUGUAUUCAAGCUCAGGCUAGGGGAUGGAAAAGAGUACCUGUUCCAAGCAAAGGAUGAGGCGGAAAUGAGCUCCUGGAUCAGGUCCAUCCUUGGCUCCAUUCCAACAGGAGCAGGAGACUCGCCUGGAGGUCCACGGGCCCUCAGCCGUGCCAUGACGAUGCCUCCCAUCUCCCCCAGCUCAGGUGAUGCUGGAGGUGUUACCAUGCGCAACAAAGAGGGCAAAGAGAAGGAUCGUGAGAAGAGGUUCAGCUUCUUUGGAAAGAAAAAAUAGAAACACUUGUAAAAUCAUUGAUGGAAACAACAUUUGUCAAAUUUUAACAAAGUGAAGCAUGCAGAAAGGAAAGUACAAACAGGUCACACAAACACACUGCUCUCAGUGCAGGCCCCAAGGAAUUUGUUGACAGCUACUGUAUGUGGCAUACAGAGAACUUUGUUUCUUUUCUUUCUCUUGGAUUCUCUCCCUCUGCGGUUUUAUCUGUCAUUUACUUUUUCGUUCAGCCAAUCCAUAUUUUUCCAUAUUUAGCUGAAUCCAAUAAUGAAAGCCCCCAUCCAAAGGUGAUUUCAGACAACCAGCAGAGCUUAUUAGCCUGAGUCAGUAACAGGUGUGGUUGUAAUUAGCAGGGAUCCAGGCCCAGUUUAGUUCAAAAGUCGGCUCGUCUGCAGCAUGAAUAUUUUCUCUUCAGUGAGUCUUGACUAGCAGAGCCGUUUUGAUGCUGUGUCACUAAUAAAACACUGGAUGGUGGCUUUCCACUGUGAUGCACUCUGGUAUUAUUUCCCCCUCUAUCUCUUUGGAAAGGAUCACAUCCGUCUCUUUUUGUGUUCUUGGUAUUGUUGUCAUUAACCUGGAAAAUAUUAUUGCUAUUAUUAUUAUUAUUAUUAUUAUUAUUAUUAUUUAUCUUUUACUAUUGCUGGUUUGAGAAAACAAACUAAUUAAUUUGACAGUAGAUCAUCUUGAUUUAUGUUGUGGAGAAAAAUAAAUUUGGUUAAACUAGUGGAGAAUGUUGGGCUUGCCCUUGUAUGUAUUUUUUUUUUUUUUUUUUAGGAAUGACAGUUAAUGAGGUGUUUUGAGAAAAAAUAAAGCUCUUUAAAUUUUAGCAGUGUGCAGUAAGUGAUCACAAGUUUCAUUGGGAAAAAUUAUAUAUAAAUAUAUAUAUUUAAUAAGUGGUUUUAUUUUUUAUUUUAUCUCUAAUUUUGCCUGUAUUUGAUUAUUUCUUUGAGUGAUCUUUUCUGCUUGAUUUUCAACUUUCUGUUUUUUUCUGUACAAAGCAGAGAAGAUUAGUUUUCUAGUGUGUGUGUGUGUGCACGUGUGCGUGCGUGCGUGCGUGCGUGCGUGCGUGUGUGCGUGCGUGCGAGUUGUGGUGCUGUGGAUUUUGCACGUUUAUGUUAUUCCUAAUCAAACGUGGCCAGAUGGAUGCUGCUUUUCCGUACGCAAAUGCAGGCGAAAACCAGACACAAAUUCAAUAUUAUAAUACUGGAAUGAUUUCACAAAAUUAGCUUUAAUUUGCUUUUGGUUUUUAUUAUAUGUAAGUAAGAUGACUUUACCAAUGAAGUUCCUCAAGACGGUUUUAUUAUUUUUGUUUCUGUCUUCUAAUAACUAUUUCCGUUCUCUCUCCAUCUACUGGUGUGAAGGUAUGGGGCAGUUUGUAGAUAAAAAGCUGAAGCACACGUGAGCAGGACAGAUGGACAGCUGACAGGUCUCAUGACAGGUGAAAUGAGGGGUGUGGAAGUGAGAUUGGAUAGGCAGUGAAGAAUGAGCUUUAUGUGCUACCUGACAGAGAGAGGUGUACUGAGCCUUACUUGAACCCACUACAGAUACACUGAACCCUUUUUACAAACCCACCUUCCAUUCAAACAGUCCUAAAGGAAGCUUUCUAAGUACAAGGAUAAGAAUGUUAAAAAUGUGCCCUGUGGCAAUGAUCUAAUGUAUGUCAGUGGAUUAUAUAUGCAGGUAACAGAGACAAUGGAAAGCUCUGCUCACUAGCGAUGGCAGAGAGGGAAAAGUCCUAAAUUCUCUCUUAGAUGAGCUUUGCGCUCUUGCAUAUGUGGCAUGACUUCAUGUAGGUUUAUACUUGUAUGUGUCUAAGCAUCUGUUCUCUUCUGUGUUGAUGUACUCUGAAAACAUUAGAUCACUUCAUAUUCAGGGUUGGAGAGUAACUAUUUGUAUGUAAUUGGCAUCUACAAUACUCUAAAAACAAAUAAUUGCAAUUCAAUAUAGUUAAUACUUAAUGUUAAAAAAAAAAGAUAGGUGUUUAUUAGUUUCCUCAAAUACUGUAUAUGUUUGAAAGGAAAAAGGCAUUUACAGUAUAUUGUGACACUGUAGGCAGUAGUGCAAUUUUAUAUAAAUAUCUUGAGACCAUUGGAUUUGUAGGUAACUGUUAUUAUAGUCAGUCACUUAAAUCCAAGUGUUAAUUUGCCUUUUGUAACUGCCAAAAUGCAACAGGAAGUUACUGGACAAGAAAUCUGAAUUCAAGAGGUUUUAUGGAUUAUCUUAUAAGUAGGUUGCAGGUAAUCAAUUAUUUGUAAUUCAUUACAUCUUGAAAGCAACUCUUUACAGCUGGUACUUGCCUGGAUGUGUGUACCAUGCCUUGGAGGGCUGAUUAGUUCACAGGAAUGAAACACCAAACUGCUAUGAUCACACAAACAGCUGGAAGUAAACUUGCAUUUGGUUGCAGUUUAAACAGGUUGGCCAUAUUUUCCAGUCUCAAAUGAAUGUGGAACCAUUGCUCAAAUCAGAUACCCUCCAAAUCAGAGGAGAGGAGUAUCUGAAGAUCUGCUUUGAGAAUAUUGAACUUGGUUCAGUUAACAGUACAGUCCAAACUUUAUCAAACCUGCCUUGUCUCUGUUCGUGGGACUUUGUAUCCCAAAUAUGUGACAGAGCCCCUAGUUUCAGUCUAGUUUAAGUAGCCAUACUAAAGGCUGACCAGGUUAAUGAGGUCAUUGCAUACAUAAGUGAGCCAGCGCGGUCAGCGUAUAUUGUGCACAAUUUCGGUUGGAGGUGUCAUUCUUCCUCAGUGGAUGAGCUGUUUUAGUGACUAUUGCUACUUUUUCUCUGCUCUGGACAUCAGGCACAGCAUCCAGUUGAUGUUUGGGAGUUCAAGUUUAAAGGUCACACAGUGUAUUUUCUUAUCAGCUCAUUUGAAUGUGUAAUGAUUCAAAUUAGUUUGGCCAAAUUGGUCAUGUGAAGCAAAAAUAUUUCUCAUACUUGACAUACUUUACACAAGCUCUCUCUCUCCUUCACACACUCUCACACAUUAAUACUGUACUGUAUUUUAAAUGCAGAAUGACCCUGGCAAUCCAGUCUUUUGGAAAUGUCCUCAGCUGGCUGUGAUUCGAUGUUGCAUAUGGCAUCCUUUUAAAAUAACAUUGUGCUACUGGUGAGCUUUGACCAGAACUUGGAACGUAUGUAUUAUUGAUGUCAAAGAGAUGAGUUUUUGGUUUUGAGAGUACUUGUAACAAUGGAGUACUUACUGAAGAAAAAAACAACUUUUACUUGUUGAGUAUUAGAUAUGAGUGAAAACAGACUGGUGACAAUUUGAGCUUCCUUUUUUAGAAGAAGGCAGGAUAUUUUGCUGUCUAGUGGGAGCUUGUAUUUUUUCAUCCAGUGGUCUGUCUUGCAGCAUUUGAUAAGCCUGUCCGACUACCUUCAUUUCUCAUUACUUUUGACGAAUGUCUGUUCCUCCCUCUGUAAUUCAGAGUUGUUAAUACCACUACUAUUAUUAAUUGCUAUUAUUAUCAUUAUUGCUACUGUUGUUACUAUUACUACUACUGUUACUAAUGCAACUUAUUGCAAAAAUUAUAACUGCUGUCCAUUUUCAGGUACGUGUCUGUAAUACCAGACCCUUCCACACGAUGUCAGUGUGCUGUGGAGCAUUUUCAUUACAAAUUGAAAAUAAUGUUUGUUGACUUGUGUAUCUACAUCUAAUAUUAGGAAUAAUAAAACAUGGUUUAAUCAAA